AUGAUUCCAGUUCUCUUUCUCUAGAUCAGUAAAAGAAGAAGUUAUAGUUCAAACCAAGUGUUCUCAAAGUAUUAAUAUUUAUAGUUACGUAUACAUAUAUAAUAAAUUAUAAUAGAGUAGACAACAAAAAUUAAUUCAAUUUGUCCCAGUACCUAAAAGAAAGGAUAUCUAAAGAAAGUCUUAAGUCAUAAUAAGUUCUACUAUUCGGAAAAGUGUUUACUAAGUAAGAAGUAGUAUCAGAGUUGAAGGAAUAGAGGAUAACCCUUCUUAAUCUAUGGCCAUUAAAUCAAAUCAUUACAUUACAUUAAGGCUAUAAUAAAGGAAUAGAAAUUGUAAAGUUAGAAAUCAAUAAGAUUGAAUCACCAAACAGCACUAUUUUGUAAUUUCAAUUUCCUAAAUAUUAAUCUUAAACUGAAAACCAUAAAAGUCAAAGAGAUUCCUUCAAAGAAUUGAUUGGAAAUUAGAAAUCUUAAUUAGAAAAAUAGAUAUUAUGA